AUGUUCGUAUUGCCGACGCUAUACAGCUCCGGGAGUUGGAUGCGCAUAGACGUGGCCCGUUUGCCCUGUCAUGAUACCUGGGUUUACACCUAUGAAGAGGAGGACGAGGUUGUGAGGGAUGGUGUCACGGAGGUUGCAUAUUGGACGGGUGGGGAAGCGGAAAUUAGCGGCGGAUGUGAGGGAGACUCUGCUGGAGUUGGCACUGGCCCUUGGUGUUUGGCGACUGGGGUUCCUACGGGAUGGGGAGGACGGCUCAGAUCGACUUUUCUCGAGUCCCAACGGGGGCGUGAGGAGACCUAUGCCAGCACGGGAGACAGAGCGGGUGAUUCGCGUGACUUCUCGAGACACUGCUAUAUCCACCUCCACAACAUCGCUGUUGGAGAAUUUUCGCUUCAGAAAGCGCCCCGCUUCUUCACUUUGCGUCUGCUGCACGACGAGGCUCCCUUUAGGCGGAGAGUCAUAGAUGAAGCGAUUGAGAUUCCCCUUAAAUGA